AUGCCUGUCCCUGUUGGUCAUUCGGGAAACAUCCCUGCCGAAUCCGAUCCAGAUCCUGUAUUUGGCGUAACUACAGAUGUCCAACACCCGAAGCUCACGGACUCCAACGUCAUCAGGGGUCGCUUCGUGAUCCUUGAAGAUUCAAGGCUGAAACUUAGCACACGACAAACUAUGGACCGAAUAUUGGACGUAUUCCGCACACGGCAGUCGACGGCACCCGUCGAUUAUACGCCCUUAGCACCAGAAAAUGGAGAGCUAGACGAUACGGAUGCGGACUAUGAUCCGCCAUCGAUGUCUUCGUCGACUGUGCUGUUGCCGCCGGGAGGGAAUAAGAAUUUAUUAGGCACGCGGCAGCGGAUAUCAUGGUUUGACUACACGGUGUUUUUGGUACUUGGGGUUGCAAUGUUAUGGGCGUGGAACUGUUUUUUGGCAGCAGCUGCAUACUUUCAGAUGCGGUUUAGAGAUAACAAAACCAUUUUGGAUAACUUCCAAUCUUCUAUUAUGACCGUAUCGACAGGCGCUACAUUGAUUACGACCCUCGCCCUCUCAUAUCUCCAGAAAAGCGCACAUUACCCUCGCCGCAUUAUAAUCGCUCUGAUUCUCAACAGUGUCGUCUUUAUCCUAUUCGCUUUAUCUACAGUAUCAUUUACCAGCAUAUCUGCCGGCGUAUACCUAUCAUUUACCCUCCUCAUGGUCUUAGGAACCGCUGUAUCAGCUGGGUUCUUUCAAAAUGGAUUGUUUGCUUAUGUCGGUAGUUUCGACCCGAUAUAUACACAGGGUGUCAUGUCCGGACAAGGUGUAGCGGGUGUUCUACCGUCUAUCGCGCAGAUGGUGGCGGUUUUGGCGAUACCGUCCAAAGCCCCCGAAAGCCAGGAAGAUAAAUCUGCAUCCGCAUCACCAAAAUCUGCGUUUGUAUACUUCCUGACCGCAACAGCGGUUUCCUGCCUCGCAUUGUCCCUUUUCAUUGUCCUACUAUCCCGUCAUAAGGAAAGGUUCCAUCGCUCGAAUCACCAAACAGCCGGCGAACCGGAAGCAAACGAACCUAAAGCAACAUUAUCACUAUUGGUUCUCAUCAAAAAACUCCCACUACCCGCCUAUACCAUCUUCUUCAACUUUGCAUUGACAAUGGUUUUCCCGGUCUUCACACAAGCCACCUUAUCUGUAAACCCACCGUCGUCAUCCGUCCUCUCCCGCCCAGAGGUCUUCAUCCCAUUCUCAUUCCUCAUCUGGAACACUGGCGAUCUAAUCGGCCGUGUUAUCUGCGGUUUCCCAAAGAUCGCGUGUACGAAUCCCAAGAUUCUAGCGAUUGCUGCGACGGUGAGGGUUGUUUACGUUCCACUCUAUUGGUUGGGGAAUAUUAAAGGAAGAGGGGCGAAGGUUCAGAGUGAUUUCUUUUACGAACUGGUGCAGUUCACGUUUGGAUUGACGAAUGGGUAUGUGGGGAGUAAUACUAUGAUGUUGGGUCCGCAGUUGGUACCGGAAGAGGAGAGUGGAGCGGCUGGAGGGUUUAUGGGGCUUUGUUUGGUUGCUGGGUUGGCGGCUGGGAGUGCGGCGAGCUUUUUAUUAAGCGUGUGA